AUGUUGGUGCGGGCCGUCACCCUGGAGGUAACCGGGGAGCGGGCCGUCACCCUGGAGGUAACCGGGGAGCGGGCCGUCACCCUGGAGGUAACCGGGGAGCGGGCCGUCACCCUGGAGGUAACCGGGGAGCGGGCCGUCACCCUGGAGGUAACCGGGGAGCGGGCCGUCACCCUGGAGGUAACCGGGGAGCGGGCCGUCACCCUGGAGAGACAGAGACAGGAGAAGAUACAGGAGAAGAUACAGGAGAGACGGAUAAGACGGAUACAGGAGAAGAUACAGGAGAGACAGAUACAGGAGAGACAGAUACAGGAGAAGAUACAGGAGAGACAGAGACAGGAGAAGAUACAGGAGAGACGGAGAAUACAGGAGAGACGGAUACAGGAGAAGAUACAGGAGAGACAGAUACAGGAGAAGAUACAGGAGAAGAUACAGGAGAGACAGAGACAGGAGAAGAUACAGGAGAGACAGAGACAGGAGAGGAUACAGAAGAGACAGAUACAGGAGAAGAUACAGGAGAGACAGAUACAG